UUGAGUCUGACGUUCAACUCUGAGCACAAACAACAGAAGCUGUUUAACUUUCUGUCAACAACAUGAAGCUGGUGAAAUACUUUUUAAUGAUCCAUCUGAGCUGUGUCUGUCAAGCUCUUCAGAACUCAUCCACUCCAACAGACACAACUGAAGCCCCAGUGAAAACAGAGGGAAACAGCACAGAAGGAAAGAAACAAGAGGAAUCCAACAGUGACCCUUACGUUAUCCAGCUGGCUGGUAGAUGUGAGUGGACUCUCCGGCUGCCUGGAAACAGGAGCAGCGACGUGGUGUCGCUCUCAUCAAACUCCACGGCAGCGUUGGCUGAACAGAUGUGUCGGGACCUGGACUGCGGCAGCGUCUAUAAAGUGGAUCAAAGCAGCUCACCUCCCAACACCACCUGCUUCCACGGCUGUUUGUACAAGGAUGGCCGUUUGCAGAACUGCUUGCAGAGCGUGGGAAGUGAAUGCACCGUGAUUACUUCAGUGGUCUGUGGACAUCAGCCUGUGCGGCUGGCAGGAGGUCCAGACCGCUGUGCUGGACGGGUGGAGUUGUGGAGGGAUGGCAGAUGGGGCACAGUGUGCGACGACCAGUGGGACCUGAGGGAUGCUAACGUGGUGUGCGCCCAGCUCAACUGCGGCUACGCCCUCAACGUGACGGGACAGGGCGGCUCCUUCCCCCCGGGCAGAGGACCCGUGCACCUGGACGAGCUGAACUGCACGGGCCGGGAGGAGAACCUGUGGGCGUGUCCGUCUGCACUGGAGGAGCCCGACUGUGGACACAAAGAGGACGCUGGUGUCAUAUGCUCAGAGAUGAGAGCGAUCCGACUGACCGGAGGUCUGGACCGCUGCUCCGGUAAAGUGGAGGUGCACCGUAACGGCAGCUGGGGGACGGUGUGCGACCACUGCUGGAACAUCCACCUGGCCUCCGUCACCUGCUCCAUGCUGCAGUGCGGCGCCGAGCCGCUGCAGUUCUCCCGCUUCGUUCCUCCUCUCACCCACAACAACGGGACUCUGUGGUACUACAGCUGCGGCCCCAGGGAGCAGAGUCUGUGGCAGUGCCGGGAACUCAUCAACAAGGCUCACCUGUGCGCGGGCUCCAAAGCAUCAGGUGUCAUCUGCAACGGUUCCCGCGGCUUCAUCACUGACGCCACAGAUAAUGCAUCUGCAAUAACCAGCUGGACCACAGCAGCUUCAACAACCCCAGUCGCUGCUGACGAGCUUUUCCUCACCGUGUCUCCGGAGCUUCUCGUCACCAUGAGCGUGUCUCUCCUGCUCCUCGUGUUUCUCAUCACAAACUCUGUCCUGUGCUGCCACUACAGGAGGAGACACGCUUUCUUACUCCAGCAGACGCGCAGCAGCUCACGACCUUCCCCCGGACAUCAUCACAACAACUACGCCGGCCCCGUCGACCUCGUCAAAGUCACCACCACCACCCCCCCCACCCCCCCGCUGCAGACCGAGGUUCCCCCCAACCCCAGGUAUGUUUGGACCCAGCUCAGCAGCGCCGACAGCACGUCAGUCGAUACGGACUAUGAGCAGUUUGACCCGAGCAGUGACCCGUCUGUCCCUUUAUCAACCUUUCAGAAUUCUCAGAAGAGAAGACAUGAGAAAAAGCCUUUGAUGAUGAGGACUUCAGGUCUCGACAGCCUCUUUGAGGAAGGCACUGAACCCACACACGAGGAGACUGGAGCCUUUACAAGCGUCGACUGCCUAGACGCUCAAUAUGCCAGAGUGUCAAAGAUCUCCGUGGACUCGUUCGACACCUCCAGCACCUCCUCUGGGGAAUGCUACGAAAACGUCACCAACGGCUACAUCAUGGUCACUCCCGAUCCUGAAGGACAGUCGCCUGACGUCAUUGGUGCUUUUGAUCCGUCGAGACAAACCUGUGGACAAACAACAAACCUGAGUUCAAGUGACGAAGAAGACGGCCCCAUCUACUCCCCGGUGAGCCCUGACGGAUAUAAUGACCUUGGAACCCAAUGACAGACAGUGGAGGUCACUUAAGGUCACUCAAGGUCACUCAAGGUCACUCGGCCUCAGACUGACACUGUGACGUCUCCAGCUGUAAAACUGCACUGAAAGAAAAGACACUGUACAUUCAUCAUGUACUGUAAAGGCCGAAUAACCGAAGACUCAGAAGCCUUUAACCCCUGAGGUCAUCGGAUGUUUCUAUUUCUAUCUUUGUGAUGUCACAAAGUAGAAAUCUGGUUUAAAUGUUGUUAGAAUCUGUCGACUCUCCACUUUCAUAUUCUUGUGAGAUCAUAUGUGACUCAUAGCCUGUAAAAUCUGGUUAUAUACAUAUAUAUAAGAAAUAAUGUAUAAAUCAAGAGAAAUGCCCUUUGACCUCAGAGGGUUUGAUUAAAGUGGAUUUUUCAUGUUAAAAAUCACCUGUACCUUCAGAAGACUGAAGACUGUGUUUCAACAUGUUGAAACAUAAAGUGAUAUAAAUGUUGUUAAAAUGAUGGUUACACUGA